GUUUCUUUUGCAAUCACUUCUAAAUUCAACUUAACAAUUCAUAUUGAUUCACCGAUUCUGUUAUGUUGAGACAUGUUAAGUGCUUUAGAUUAUUACUGCUAUCUGACGGGAUGUGUCAGAUGGUUUGUUUUUAUUAAUAGCGGUAUUUAUGGAUCUGAAUGAAAGCAGACACACGACUUCUGUGGUGCAUAUGAGACUGUAUGGGUGGGCUCAGCAGCCCUCAGGAGCACGCCCAGAUAUAUAAAGUAGAGGAGGAGGAUGAAGGGGUCAGAUCUGCUCUACCUGUGCCGCUAUGCGCGCUCAACACGAGCUGGAUACACCUUGACGGUGGAGCUACAUGUGUCCUUGUUGGAAAUCCAGGCUAUUUCAAACGGACUUCAGGCCUGUUUAAUUGCUGAUAGAUUGACUAUUCAACCUGAAAGCUCAGUUACCUUGGAGCGAAACGAGACAGGACCAUCAUGAGCAGAAGAACACGGCGCUGGAUAUUUCACAUGUUCCUUUGUCUCGGAAUAAUCUACUUGAAAAUGGGGCGAUCCUCCACCGUGCUGGCGCUGGGAGCGAGCAUCAUAUGCAACAAGAUCCCGGGACUGGCGCCCAGGCAGCGCAUCAUCUGUCAGAGUCGGCCGGACGCGCUCAUCGUGAUCGGGCAGGGCGCGCAGAUGGGCAUCAACGAGUGCCAGUUCCAGUUCAAGCACGGCCGCUGGAACUGCUCCGCGCUCGGCGAGAGGACCGUCUUCGGAAAAGAGCUGAAAGUGGGUAUGUUGGAAAUCUCCUCUCGUAUGUCUAAAACAGCAUUUGGGGGAAUCUGUUUGUAA